AUGAACUCUGUCCGCCUAGCCCGCGCGGUCAUUCGCGCUCGUCCCGCCGCCAUGCGGGUUGUCGCCCAGAGGAGGACGUACGCCGAGGCCGUCCCUGACAAGAUCAAGUUGAGCCUGUCUCUGCCUCACCAGUCCAUCUACAAGUCCCAAGACGUCGUUCAAGUCAACAUCCCCGCGGAAUCCGGCGAGAUGGGUGUCCUUGCCAACCACGCUCCCGCAAUUGAGCAGCUCAAGCCUGGAGUCGUUGAGGUCAUCGAGGAGUCUGGCGGUUCCAAGCAGUUCUUCUUGUCUGGCGGGUUUGCCACCGUCCAGCCUGGCUCCGCCUUGAGCAUCAACGCCGUCGAGGGUUACCCACUCGAGGAUUUCAGCGCCGAAGCCAUCCGAACCCAGAUCGCCGAAGCCCAGAAGGUUGCCAACGGUAACGGAAGCGAGCAGGAUAUCGCCGAGGCCAAGAUUGAGCUGGAGGUCCUCGAGACUUUGGCCGCUCACGUGAAAUAG